AUGCCAAAGAUCAUCUACGGCACUGCUUGGAAGAAGGACCGUACCGCCGAGCUGGUCGUCCAAGCUGUCAAAGCUGGAUUCAGAGGUAUCGACACGGCAUGUCAGCCAAAGCACUAUCGCGAGGACCUAGUGGGGAAGGCACUGAAGCAGCUCUUUGCUGAGGGCGUGAAAAGGGAGGAUCUGUUCAUUCAGACCAAAUACACAUCGUUAGAUGGUCAAGACAUGUCACAACCUCUUCCUUACGACUCAUCGGCGUCCAUCUCCGACCAAGUCACUCAGUCCAUCCAGAAGAGUCUGACGAAUCUUGGAGUCGAGUACAUCGACUCUGUCGUCUUACAUGGCCCGCUGCGCACCAGACAAGACACUCUCGCAGCCUAUCAAGCUCUCGAAUCUUUUGUCGAUAAGGGUAUCCUCUUGAACCUCGGCGUAUCCAACUUUUACGAUCCUACCCUCCUCAAUUGGCUCAUAUCGAAAGUUCGUAUCAAGAUUGGCGUGGUGCAAAACAGAUGGUACGAGGGUAAUGGCUUCAAUUGGCCGAUCUAUGAGAUCUGUCAAGCCAACGACAUCCACUAUCAAUCCUUCUGGACAUUGUCAGGGAACCCGACGCUGCUUCAUACACCUGAGCUCUUAUCGAUAGCGGAGAAACACUCCUUGACUCCAGAACAAGCAGUCUAUGCUUUAUGUCAGAAGUGGGUAGUCCUCACGUUGACCCCACUGAUGACAGAUGGAAUAUCACGCCUUUGUGUGGAUCCACUACAGCCGGUCACAUGA